AGUGGUCACAUUUCCAGCCCCAAUUUUCCCAACAACUAUGACGCAAACAGGAUUUGUACCUGGAAUAUCACGGUACCCAGUGGCAAAAUCAUCAAACUGACCUUCUUGAACUUUACCCUGGUGGCAGGUGAAAGCGAUGACUGUGCCGGAGCGGCAGCAGAUAGUGCCCGAGUCUUUAUCACAAACGUUGCCUCUCAUGGAGGAAAACCUAAUGACUUUAAGACCUGUGGUCAAAAGUUUCCUCCUCCUGUGUACUCCGAGGGAAAUUUCAUUGAAGUGAGAUUUGAAUCUCGCACCGGCCCUGUAAACAAAGGAUUCAAUGCAACCUUUGAGGCGAUAGAUGGACACUCACGUAAGAGCUUUUCUUCUAUGGUAGUUUAUUAACCGGAAGUAUAGAAGUGUACUGAGCAUGUGCCCCUAUUAAACUGAGCGAGAAUUUUGUUGAGUAUAUCAUGUAAAUAAUAAAGUAAGCAAUCUUUGAACAGCUAUAGUCUGUAGAAAAAAACAUUGCAUAUAGUCAAGCGUUUUACUCGAACGCAAGCUGCUAUAUUUCACAAUCGUUAAAUUGAUGAAAGUAUGAAACAGUCAACAUACGGAAAAGGAGCUGUAGGCGGUAUUCGAAAUCAUCCAGUUGACCACAGGGGACUGUAAACCUCAUCAAAACUAGAACAGUUUUCGGAGAGAAAGAAGCUUCGUUAAGAUUUUUCUUUCGAUAAAUUUAGUUUUUUACAGUAAGUAAGAUGCAUUUUAUUAAAGCUGGUAGUCUUUUUUCAGUGUGCCCAACAGACAUGAUCCUCAAUGAAACAUCAGGUUCUUUCUCCUCUCCCUUUAAUCCAAGAAACUAUCCAUUCAACCAGACAUGUAGCUGGAAGAUUAUAGGGAAGCAAGGAUACCGUGUUGAGCUCACAUUACCAGACUAUAAUAUUCAACGUUGUGGUGGCACUGCUUGCUCGUGUGAUUAUAUGGAAGUUCAGAAUAGCUUUAGUGAUGAAGCGCUGCCUGGAAAACUAUGUGGUACACCAAGGUUUAUUCCUAUAAAAUUUUAUUCACUGCACGAAAGCUUGAGGGUGCUGUUUGUGUCUGAUGAUGCAAACAUGGAUUAUGACGGAUUUGGGGCAACUUACAAGCUGUUGAACUACAGUCCUCCAAGUAAGUAGAGAAAACAACGUCAUGAGAUCUCAGAGUUCGCUGAGAGAAUAUGUUACAUGCAAUAAAUUCACCCAUACAAGUAAUGAUAAGGAGCUUAGUUAAUAAGAGGGGAGGUUCUCUCUGUUAUCAACUCAGGGUGAAUGCGAACAUCUUUGAUGUAUAGUGACGUACUGGGAAGCCAUGCCAACCUUAAUUGAAUAAAGAUGGUAAGUUUCCAAAGAAACUGUGGUGCUGCGUCGGUCGGGGAGUAUAACAAGAUAAUUUGGUUUCAUCAACCGAGUUGAUAAUGUAAAUUGGUCACUGUAACGAGUUUCAAAUAUUCAUAUUCUUGCCUUGGGGCUAUAUACUCCCUUAUAAAAGCCAUAUUGGAAUGUAUUAGCCAAAAGAUUAUGGUUUUAGCCGUUUUGACCAUUGGUCGAAUCAACAGUUAUAUGAUAAGCAUUUUGAUUGGUUGCUUUUUACCACCUGUUGGAGAACAGAGGCAUAAGUGGCCUCACCAUUUACAAAAAUUUGCUUCUUCAUCGUAUAUAAAACAAUGAGGUUCCACGUUGCCGUGCUCAUCUCAGGAAGAGACGUUAGGUGAUGUCACCAUGUGUUCAUCAGAGACACUUGGCAGCGCCUUGUGUGCCACUUUUUUGUUCUUACCAUGCACAUUUUUGACGGCAUCUGCGAAAGAAACCAUAUAUCUGUCAUCAAUCGAUGUAUAUUCUGGCCUGUUCCAAUCGUUCUAGUCAGUAAAACAGAGCGAAAUAGCCAAGGGCACGAUAGUAGCGGCGUAAUGAAAAAGAGAGUGAGGCUUGGGUCUGGAAGGGAAAUGAAGUUGAUUUCACAACAUGACCCCCAACCCCCCUCCCCCUCCCCCCUUUCACUCCUCUGCUACUCUCGCGCUGUUCAAUAUGGCACUGCGUUUUACCAACUGAACGCCCGCAACAGCCUAUGCGUUUUCUCCCACACUAACAUGCUCCUUUUUCGUUGCCUGCAGUUUGUCCCAAGGUAGCAAUUCCUCUCUCAGGCAGCGGGAAAAUAAGCAGCACAAACUACCCAAAGAGUAAUUACACUACGUUCAGAAAUUGUACCUGGCACAUUACCGCACCAGCUGACAAAAUUGUAAAGUUUACGUUUACUGACUUUGUCUUAAGUGAGUGUUCAGCCAAUCCUUGUUCGGAUUCUUGUUCUUAUGUGGAGCUUUAUGAUGGUGGGUCAACAAGUUCGCCUUCGCUGGGGCGAUUUUGCCAGGGGUCGUCUUGGAAUGAGACUCAGUUGUCGAAUGGAAACCAAAUGUUUGUGAUGUUCCAUCCUGGACAAACAGUUGAUCGUGGAUUUGAAGCGAAAUAUGAAUCCACAACGACU